GUGGCUGGAGAUUUUUGUAUUACUGGGCAUGUGCUCACAGGCUGCAGCCCAAUCAGAUUUUAAAGUGUCUGUGUUCUCUGCAACAUCAAAGACUGUGACUCUCAGAUGGACCAGGUACUCUGGAGCCACUUCAUACCAGAUCACUGUAAAAUCACAGAGCGAACAUGUCGCUUUUGCAUCAUUUGGUCCAAACACAGUGAUGGGCUCUGUUACCUCGCUGUCUCCAAACGUCAUGUAUAACUUCGUAGUUGAAGCAAUGAGUGGUUCCCAAAAACUCAGCACUGCAUCAGUUGAAUCAUCAACAGCCCCUGAUAUGAUGGAGCCCAUUCUGACCGUGAAGUCACUGGAUAGCACAACCUUGACAGUGGAGUUUAACUCGAGAAACGGGGUGUCUCAUUACAUCAUACGUGUUGAGAACAGCAAUGGCUUCUUCAGAGAGGUUGCAGCAUCCUCCUCUCCAGCUGAGAUUGAGUCCCUCGCGCCGUACACUGAGUACUCGCUCAGCAUCAUGGCUGUGAACACCGCAGGCCGCAGCCAGCCCUCAAUUCCUGUAACUGGAAAGACAGUUUUGGCUCCUCCUCAGCUUUCGUCCUCCUCUACGAGCAACAGCAGCAUCGUUGUAUCCUGGGAUCCAGUUGCUCAUGCCGUCCAAUACACCCUGUCCAUAUGCAAGCUUGAUUCAAACACAAGCAUGGGCGUGUACAACACCUCCAACACCAGCUUGACCUUCUCCGGCUUGGAUGCUGGCUCACUCUACAUCAUAACUUGUUUUGCUUGGGAUCUUGAAGGUCGAAAGGGAGACAGCUCGAACGUUAAACAGGCUACACGACCUCGGACCCCAACGUCUGUCAAUGUGUCUGUGGUGAUGAAUGGCAGUGUGGCUGGACUCUUGGUGUCUUGGGAGCCAGACCAGGAGGUCUAUGGACCCAUUGAGUACAAUGUGACGAGUGACCUAAACUUAAUGUGUAAGACCACAUCCAGCUCCUGCACUCUCUCAGUAGUGGGGUGUGGAGAGGUACACACCAUCCAAGUCACUGCCUCAAAUGAAGCUGGGCCCAGCUAUCCAUCUAGCCCUGCAGUCUUCAUCACCUUCCCCUGCCCACCUGAGUCUUUGGCACUAGUGGAGUCUUCAGAAGGCAACUGCACUCUAACGUGGAAACCCGUGGGUCAUGCUGACAGCUACAUGGCCCUUUUUGAGACAGCUGGCAGCAGUGUGGAAACCUGCAACACCACCAGCAACAACUGUACCUUUCACUGCCCGUGUGGGCAAACAUACCUCCUGUCUGUGCUGGCCUUCAACCACGCUGGCAGCAGUCCUCAAGGACAAGUUCUCAACUACACCACUUCCCCUGAUAUGAUGGAGCCCAUUCUGACCGUGAACACUGACACUCUGGAGAUCAGUUGGAUGCCCUCACGGGGGGCAGUGCUGUACGAGACCCGGGCUGCACACAGUUCAGAGGUCAUCCUCUGUAAUGACACCGCACCGUUGUGCGUCCUCUCUGGCCUCAGCUGUGACACUGCCUACAGUGUGGUGGUGAUUCCCUGCAGUGAUGUGAGCGGUUGGAACCGUGCUUGUAAAGCUCACACCAAAGACACAGCUCCCUGCAUGCCGAACAAUGUGAUGCUCAAUCCAAAGAACUCCUCCUGCGUCACUGUCAGUUGGACAGGAAAUAACAGGGCCGCUAAUUACACUGUAAGCGCAAAUGGAGAUGAUGACAAACACAUCUGUAGCACCAAUAAAAGCAGCUGUGACAUCACUGACCUUUCCUGUGGCUCCACCUAUGAAGUAAGCGUCGAAGCAACCAGCACAGCUGGUCCGAGUUUACCCAGCUACUCUGAGUUUCUAGAAACAGAACCGUGUUGCCCAGUGAAUCUGACGGUGGAUCAGGUGACCCAGGCAAUCACCAACGUGUCGUGGUCUCACGCCAAAGGGGCACGCUUGUUCAUCGCCACUCUGACAUCAUCACGCGGUCAUGCCCGCUGCCAUACCCAGGACUCCCACUGCCUCAUGGGAUGCAUCACCUGCAGCACCAACUACACUGUCACCAUGGAGGCAAUCAGCCAUAACGGACGCAGGUCCAACUGCACCUAUCAGGGUUUCUCAUCAAGUCCCUGCUGUCAGUCUGGUGUCAAAUUAUACAGCACGACCAGUAACUCUCUGCGGGUUUACUGGCGCAGCACUGGGAGCAACCACAGCUCCAUCGCAGAGAUGGUGGGGAGAAACAGCAACUACAACUGCACCGCAGCUCCUGGAGACAACAGCUGUGACUUCGGCAGCGUCCAGUGCGGGGACGUCUAUCAUGUAGUGGUCGCUCCACUCACACAAGAGGGCAGCAAAGUCCAAUUCUGCCCAAAGAGACUGUACUCGGUCACCUGUUUAGGAGACAACAUUGGCACAGUUAUUUACAGAGGGAAGCGAAGCGUGGACUAG